AUUGUGGAGUAAUCGUUUUCCUCGUGAAACGUCAAAGCAACAGCUCAACAAUGCGAUUGUUCGUACUUCCUUGUCUCGCCGUGUGCUUGGCAAUGGCCAACUGUGCUGCCAUCAAAGAUGAGAAGGCAGUGGAUACUGCUGCUGCUGCUGCUGCACCCGCUGCCGAUGAUGGCAAGACGGUGGAGAAGCGUGGCCUACAUCUGGGUGACUACCAUCAUCAUCACCAUGAACACAUCAAGACGGUGACCAUUGAGAAGAAGGUGCCGGUGCCCUACACGGUGACCAAACAUGUGCCCUACACGGUUGAAAAGAAGAUCCCCUACGAAGUUAAAGUGGACGUGCCACAGCCCUACAUUGUGGAGAAAAAGUAUCCAGUGCAUGUCAAGGAAUACGUGAAGGUGCCCGUCCAUGUGCCAAAGCCCUACAUUGUGGAAAAGAAAGUGCCCUAUGAGGUGAAAGUGCCCGUCGACAAGCCCUAUGAAGUGAAAGUCCAUGUACCCGAACCGUAUGAGGUCAUCAAGAAAAUUCCAUAUGAGGUUAAGGUGCCAGUGCCACAGCCCUACGAAGUGAUCAAGAAGGUGCCACAUGAGGUGAAAAUCGAAGUGCCGGUGCCCAAGCCCUAUGAAGUGAUCAAGAAGGUGCCCUAUGAGGUGAAAUACGAGGUGGAGAAGCCCUACAACGUUGAGGUUGAGAAGCCCUACGAUGUUGAGGUUGAGAAACCAUACACGGUCGUUGUCGAGAAGAAGGUGCCUUAUGAGGUUAAGGUGCCCGUCGAUAAGCCCUACAAGGUUGAGGUGGAGAAACCAUAUCCCGUCCACGUAAAGGUGCCCGUACCACAACCCUACACCGUUGAGAAGAAGAUACACUACACCGUCGAGAAGCCAGUGCCCUAUGAGGUUAAGGUGCCAAUUGAGAAGCCAAUUCCCGUCUACACGGAGGUGAAGGUGCCCAUUCACAAGGAAAUACCCGUGCCACACAAAUAUACCGUAGAGGUUCCCAUCUUCAAGCAUCACGAGCACCAUGAGGAGCAUCAUGACUACCAUCAACACGGUGGUCACCACUACUAAAGAAAGCACAGAAAGUCCAGAAAGCACAGAAAGCGAGCACAAGGAGUAAACGAACAACAAGAAGAACAACCAGAACGAGAAAGAGAAAAGAAUGUGAGAGAAGACACAAGGACAUCUAACAGAAGAGUCCUUAUCACAUUCACGCAACAAGGCAACGUUGAGCUGGACGUUGAACGGGUGAUAAACACAAGGAGGAGGAGUAGGAGUCAGAGCAGAAGGAGGAGAAAGAGAAGAAA